GUUACUAUCUGACUAGGGUCUAACAAUGGAGCACUUUACAAAGGAUAUGAAGUAAUGUGCAAUUCGAAGUAACAUUGACAUGUAUUCAAUAAUCGGAGAUCCGAGACGCUAAGAACGGAGAUUCGAAGAUUGCUCGGAUUUGGACAUGAAGAUAGUAUGAUGAUGUGUUCUUGAUACCCAGUCACAAGCGGCGGCAGUCCUCGUAGAGACGUUAGGUAGGUUGUGUGAAGGUACCACUGUGCGACUUGCUCAAGGUAUAUAAAAGGUAAUCAGCCAUGUACGUAUUGCAACCAUGGCCUACUACACUUCUACUCUAUCAACCACCAAAGCGAAAUACGAUAUAUAUAUCACUCGAUAUAUAGCACAAAUUGAGCAACUGCCAUCGCAAAACCAUGGCCGAGGAACAAGACCAGAAACUCAACGUCAUAAUAGUCGGAUCGGGGCUCGCCGGUCUGGCUGCGGCCCGUGUCCUACGGGAGAAGCACCAAGUUACCGUGUAUGAGCGUGGCGAACCUUCAGUUGCAACGGGAGGACAAGGUAUCGCCAACUUCCCCAAUGCAACCAAGAUCAUGCAGCAGUUGGGGUUUGACCCCGAGCGGACUGGUUCAGUGCCUGUCCAAGGCUUUAGAACACUCGACAAGCUCGGUAACCUAGUCUUCGACACCGAAUUUCCCUUCCAGGAGAAAUAUGGCGCCCCCGCCUUAUCACACAUGAGAGUUGACUUUAGAGCCGAGCUGCUUCGUCUCGCUACCGCCCCGUCAAAAGAACUAGGCAUUGGUGGCGAGCCUGCGAAGAUCGUGUUCAAGAAUGGCGCCAAGGACAUCGACCCUGAAGCUGGAGAGAUUACUUUGGAUGACGGAACGAAGGUAAAGGCGGAUGUGAUCAUUGCUGCCGACGGAAUCCACUCCCGCCUGAGACCGAAGAUCGCCGGCCCGAACUCCCCUAAGCCCAAGAAGAGCGGCCUGACAUGUUGCCGAGUGGCUGUCUCCGCGAACCAAGCUAUCGAAGCCCUCGGUCGCUUGCCCGAUUGGUGGCAGGAGCAGAAUACCGGCGACCGUCGUAUUCUAGUCUUUGAGGCUCGCGAUGGCACCGACCGCAUCAUGGUUAUAUACGGCCUCCGACACUUGAGUUAUAUGAAUAUGUCCUGUAUCUUCGUGACGCGGGAAGAGAAGGAGAGUACGACCAAUUCUUGGUUUGCCGAUGGCGAUCGUCAGGAGAUGUUGGACAUCUUCCACGACUUCGACCCGAGCUUACUCGCGCUCAUUGGCGCGGCGACCGAAGUAAAGCUAUGGGAACUCCAAGACAUGGAGCCACUUGAUUCGUGGAAUAAGGGUCGCGCGAUAGUCAUCGGCGAUGCUGCUCACGCCAUGACGCCAAUGCAAGGCCAAGGUGCCAACUGUGGUAUCGAGGACGCCGAAGCCUUUAGACUCUUGAUAGAGCCAGGCGUUACGCGCGAUGACAUCCCCGCAAUCUUGAAGACGAUAGACAGUGUUAGGAGGCCACGCGCCGCACGUGUCCUCUCCAACACGCGGGCAACCCAGCGCGGCAUCAAAGGAGAUGAAAGAUACAAGGUAAUGGAUGACAACUGUACAUACCACGGGAUAUUCAAGAUGAUUGAGGGCCAAUGAGGCGUCUAGAGCUAAAGAGGUGUUGUCCGAGCUUGGUGGCUUGAGGAGUAGGGGCUGGGAAUACCGGCUGCCGUCUAGAAACUCAUUCGGGUGGUGUAACGAAUGAUGAGCAUCGCAUAUUUAUUUUUCAUUGUACUGCAUCCUCAGCAUAUAUACGAACUUAGGUUCGGAGCGGAGUUUCUCCAGAUCUCCCCUCGUUAUAUAGGUACCUAGGUAGGUAGGUAGGUA